AUGGCGUCCCCGGGCGGCCACCGCAGCCUCCUGGUCUGGCUCCUGCUCCUUCCGCCCUGGCUCUGGGAGGCCCCGGCGGGCGGGUCGGCGACGCCCUCGCUCCCUUCCCCCCCCCCGGGAGGCGGCCCUGAGAACCCCACUGCGGGCCACCCAAGCCCUGGAGGGGGUCCGGGAGCUCCUGGGAGCCCCGGGUCCCCUGGGGCUCCGGCCGUCCCCGAGUUGGUGGAGUUUAGCUCAGCGUGUGGGCGAGUGUUCCUAAAAAUCGUGGGAGGAAAACAGAGCGAGGAAGGGAAGUGGCCCUGGCAGGUGAGCCUGAGGGUCAGUGGCAGACAUGUGUGCGGAGGUUCCCUCAUCUCAGAGCAGUGGGUGCUGACUGCAGCCCACUGUAUUUUAAGCCGUUACCACCACAGUGUCAUGAUGGGAGAUCGGAGUAUCUAUGGUGAAAUCUCAGGGUUGGUGGUCCCUAUCAGCCGAGUCACUGUUCACCCUCAGUUCUCAACACGUGGAACCGUUAAAAAUGACCUUGCUCUUCUCCGGCUCCUCUACCCUGUAAAUUUCACCCGGAUCAUCCAGCCUAUAUGCAUCCCUGAGAAGACUUUCCAGGUGGAAGCUGGGACCAGGUGCUGGGUGACCGGAUGGGGCAAGCAACAAGAAUUUGAUGGCCCCUUGAUCUCAGACUUUCUCCGGGAGAUCGACCAAAAUGUCAUCUACUAUGAAGAAUGUAAUAGGAUGGUCCAGAAGGCCAUGCCAACAGAUAAGGAUGUAGUACUGGAAGGAAUGAUCUGUGGCUAUAAUGGUAUAGGAAAGGAUUCUUGUCAGGGAGAUUCUGGGGGCCCUCUGGUCUGUCAAUAUAAUACCACGUGGGUCCAGAUAGGGAUUGUGAGCUGGGGUGUCGGCUGUGGUCGUAAAGUUUCACCUGGAGUUUAUACAGAUACUGCCUUCUACGCUAAGUGGCUAGUUGCAGUGGUGAACCAGUCUACCUCUUUGUAUCCAGUGGUGCUCCUCAUCCUACUGCUGUCUCUGGUAUCGCCUCUGGGCGUCCUGGCGACCCCGUGAUCACCCUGGCCCACACCCCCUCCUGUUGUUGAGUCUCACACUAGCCCUGCCUCUGACCUCCCACUCCUACUCAAUGCCCUUUCCUCAAAUCCAUUUGGGAUCUACUGACCCUGUGGAGAUCCACAUGACGGAGAGUGGAGCAAAUGGAACCCUGGAAGUUUCCCAGCCUAGUUAUCCAGGAACCUGCCUAGUCCACACCUACACUUUGGCUGUGCUCUGCCUGCCGGAAGGAGUGGGUGAAACCAUCCCAGUUGGAUGACCAGUGACCUGCCCGGUGAUGCUUCAUCCACAUCUGGAGAACAUCUAGCAAAGAAGAGACACCAUCACUGAUGACACAGUGUUAGACCUGACACUUUAUGAAACCAGUCCACUUGGUGAUUGCUGGGAGAGAGUGAGGAGGCAUCACCACGUCCACAUCUGACUCAGUUGUCUGGGUUGGGAGAAGGUCCCCUGGAGCCCAGUGCGGAUCCAUGUGUGAGUGUCCAGCCUCUGCCACACCAGCCCCCCUGGGGCAACUCAGUCUUGGAACCCCCUUCCCAGUGCUCCGGUGGCCACAUGCAGGCUCACCCCAAGUUGUGUUGAGGUGCUAAGGAGUGCGGAGAUUUCUGAUGUUAACUGAAUAAA